AUGGCUGCAACCGGUGUGAAUGGAAAUUCCUCCGAAAAACGUCCAGAAUUACCCGAAAUAUCUGAAGAAACUAAACAAAAAGCUCAAGAGCUAAAGGAGAAAGCUAAUGGAUUCUUUAAAAAUCAAGACUUUGGUCAGGCGAUUACCUUCUACACUCAAGCCAUCGAACUGAAUCCAACUGAGGCCACAUUCUAUGGCAACAGAAGUUUUGCCUACCUCAAGACAGAAUGCUUUGGAUAUGCUUUGUCUGAUGCUUCCAGUGCAUUGGAUUUGGAUCCAAAAUAUGUCAAGGCUUACUACAGGAGAGCGACUGCCAAUAUGGCCCUUGGUAAAUUCAAACUUGCAUUAAAAGACUUUGAGGCUGUGACCAAGUGCAAACCAACAGACAAGGAUGCAAGUGCCAAGUAUAAUGAGUGCAAAAAGAUUGUCACGAGGAUUGCGUUUGAGAGGGCCAUCUCCGUGGAUGAAGCACAUAAAAAUAUAGCAGAUCAGAUUGAUAUCUCAUCUAUGACCAUAGAGGAUGACUACAAGGGACCAAAAUUAGAAAAUAACACUGUCACUCAUGACUUCGUGAUGAGCCUCAUGGAUGUGUUCAAAAAGCAGGAAAAGUUACACAGGAGAUAUGCUUAUCAAAUCCUCGUAGAAACAAAGAAAGUCUUUGAAAAACAGCCAUCAUUAGUAGAUAUACAAGUUGCUGAGGGUAAGAAAUUCACGAUAUGCGGUGACAUCCAUGGUCAGUUCUAUGAUCUGAUGAACAUCUUCGAGCUGAACGGAUUACCAUCAGAAGAUAAUCCAUAUUUAUUUAAUGGUGAUUUUGUUGACCGAGGCUCAUUUUCUGUAGAAUGCAUAAUGGUUUUGCUUUCUUUUAAACUGCUAUACCCGAACCAUUUCUUCAUGUCCAGAGGUAACCACGAAAGCGUGACGAUGAAUCAGAUGUACGGUUUUGAGGGUGAGGUGAAAGCCAAGUACACAGCCAAGAUGGCCGAACUCUUCACAGAAGUCUUCAACUGGCUACCGCUAUGUCACUGUAUAAAUAACAAAAUUAUAGUGAUGCAUGGUGGUUUAUUUUCUAGCGACGAUGUAACACUAGACGACCUUAGGAAAAUUGAAAGGAACAGACAACCGCCAGAAAGUGGUCUCAUGUGUGAGCUGCUCUGGUCAGACCCACAACGCCAGAGCGGUAGGUCACCGAGCAAGAGAGGAGUCGGCAUACAUUUUGGCCCCGACGUCACGAAACAAUUCCUGCAGAAGAACAAUCUCGACUACGUAGUAAGGAGUCACGAAGUCCGAAGCGACGGCUACGAGGUGCUACACGAUGGAAAGUGUAUAACUGUCUUCUCUGCCCCGAACUACUGUGAUACUAUGGGAAAUAAAGGAGCCUUCAUAACAAUCAAGGGAGAUGAUCUCACACCCAAAUAUACAACGUAUUCAGCAGUGCCCCAUCCAAACGUGAAGCCAAUGGCCUAUGCAAAUUCGUUCCUGUCACUGUUUUCAUAGUCUGCUCAUCACCACGACCAUAACCUCCUAGAGACUAGAGACUUCAACACAUCCAAGCUAUGGAUGUCAUCAAUGAUCUGACUUUAUCAAUCUGCAACAGACCAUGUGUUGGCUGUGCAACGUCAUGAAAUACGUCAUUUGAGUUGUGGCACUAAAAGCAUAUACAGAUUUGCAUGGUUGGUUUCCUGCUGUCACCUCUGUUUUUGCAAGAGCGGUCAUGGGCGGAGUGAAGUUUUGAAUGUGUUAGAACUGCAGGACAGGAUGUAAGGAUUCAUUUAUUCACAUGUUACCCUAGAGGAUCGUAGGGUGGCAGUUUAGUUUCUCAUCAAUCCCUUUAGCCUGAAAGCUAAAAUGUCUUAAACACUUAUAAUCUGCACACUUUCAUUGUCCUUUUAACAAGUACAUGUGAAAGACGUAUUGUGCUCCAGACACACAGCUCAGUAAAAGUGCUCAGUAUUUUACAAUGUGAUAUGAUUGAAUACCUGUAAAUUUGUUCAUACAAUGUAUCGCUCCCUUCUUUCUUGGUCGUCUGUCUAAGUACUGCUCCACAAAUCUUAAACCUCACAGCUAAUCGUUAUCAGAAACGAAAGCAAUUUUUUUCCCCUCAAAUUUGCUCCCUAAACUUUUCUAUACAGAAUUGUAGUGUAAAGGUUGUCCAUAUGUGACUGACAGUUUUGCUAAAUCAAGACACCAUUGUCAUUUAUGGAUAAUGUUGGGAAAAUAACUGCCAACAAGACAGGUUUAGUCCUUUCGGCCCUAAAUUUUCCUUCAUAAAUACGUCACUACAGUGUUGUAUAGUUCUAAUGAGCCACCAGUUUUAAAAUACAGUGAACACAAGCAGAGUACCAGUCGCAACCUUUUAGCGAUAUUCUCUCAAAGUACACUGGGCUUUUAGUGGCAAUUUGAAUGCUCAUCAACUGGUGUAAAUUGAUGCUGGAUAAGUGAUCAUGUUUUAUAAGUGUGAAUGUAUUGUGAUGACUAUACGUAAUAGCUGUGUAUGUAGAGUCUGGUUCUGUGGGUGACAUGUUCAGACUACUUCUCAUCCUCAGUGAUGCAGGGGUCAACAUUCACUUUUAGAAAAAGCCUGUUGUGGUGGCCAAAAGUCAGGCUUCUCACAACUACAGAUGUAUUUGUACCGGUAUACGGAAAUUGAGGUCGCAUGUGCUGCCAAAUAGGGUUGAAGUUUGUUCUCUGUGAUGAAAAUACUUUUGUAUUCUAUGUACUUAAUGUUAAGGUAUUUUCUUUCAAAUGUAUGGCCAGAAAAAAUGAAUUUGUCUGAUAGAGGUGUGUCCUGAGGACAGACCAAGUAAAAUUGUUAACAAUAUAACAGACUGUCCAUUUUGGACUGUUUCUAAAUUCAUUUCUUUGAUUUCUGGGUUCAGAUAUUCCAGCGUGCUCAAAUUUAUUUCAAGUGUAAAGGAAUGGUCUUCAGGAAAAAAACACUUCAGUUUCAUGAUGUGAACCAAAAAAAUUGGGGCCUUGGAACUUUUGACAAAAAACAGAUUUCAGGUCUGGUAUCUACUGACAGAAACCGCAAUCACUCCUUCUGUAUUUGAAUUAAACCCUCUCUUUCACCAAAGCUUCAUCUUCUUUCCGUAUCACACAGCAUAUUGUGAAUUCUGUAAUAUGUGUCUGUAUCAAUUGUUUUAUGGUUCAUAAACAUGAUUAAUUGAUUUAUGUUCAGAUAAACUGAGUUACAUAAAAUUAAAAGAAAUUUUUAUUA